UGCAUCCGAUUAAUUUAUAAAGCUCUUUGUUUAUGCCAUAUCUUGUUUCUAAACGUACAAUCACACCGAAUAACUCGUGGGCGUCUUGUUUUUUGCAGUGCGUCCGCUUUACGCACACGCAGUCUGAAAUUUGAAUCGCGUUUUAAAAGCCCCAGCAGCAGCCACAAGUCAGAGAGCAACAGAUCCCCGUGUGUGAGCAUCAGGUUGCUCCAUAUACGGGUUGGAGAGGCACUUCACAGCCCCUCUGGCACUUUAUCUAAAGGGCGCGCAGAGGGGCAGUGCCAUGCACACUCCUGGCAGCGCGCUGCUCCUGAGUGGAGAGAACCAGUCUGUGCUUUUCAAUCUCACUACUGAUCUGAUGAUGGGAACGUCUGGGAACAACACCGUGCACCCGAACGGAUCUGAUCCGUUUGGGAGAAACGAGGAGGUGGCUCAGUUCGAGAUCAUGGUCCUGAGCAUCACCUUCGUGGUGGCUGUGAUUGGGAAUGUGAGCGUCCUGUUGGCGAUGCACAACACCAAGAAGAAGAUGUCACGGAUGCACCUUUUCAUCAAACACCUCAGCCUGGCCGAUCUGGUGGUCGCCUUCUUCCAGGUGCUGCCGCAGCUCUGCUGGGAAAUCACCUACCGCUUCUACGGUCCAGACUUUCUGUGCAGGAUAGUGAAGCACCUCCAGGUGAUGGGGAUGUUUGCGUCCACCUACAUGAUGGUGAUGAUGACCCUGGAUCGUUACAUCGCUAUCUGCCACCCUCUGAAAACCCUCCAGCAGUCCACCCAGCGCUCAUACAUCAUGAUCAUCUCCACAUGGAUGUGCAGCCUGGUGCUCAGCAUCCCACAAUACUUCAUCUUCUCCCUGAGCGAGAUCGAGAACGGCUCAGACGUCUACGAUUGCUGGGCGCACUUCAUCGAGCCCUGGGGCGCCAAGGCGUACAUCACCUGGAUAACCGUGGGCAUCUUCCUCGUGCCCGUUGUCAUUCUCAUGAUGUGCUACGGGUUCAUCUGCCACACUAUAUGGAAAAAUAUCAAAUUCAAGAAAAGGAAAACGAUGUCUGGGGCUGCGAGCAAGAACGGAUUGAUUGGGAAAAAUUCAGUCAGCAGCGUGACAACUAUAUCAAGAGCCAAACUGAGGACCGUUAAAAUGACUUUCGUGAUAGUUCUGGCGUACAUUAUCUGCUGGGCCCCGUUUUUCAUCGUGCAGAUGCGGUCUGUGUGGGAUGAAAACUUCCAGUGGGCUGAUUCUGUGGACACAGCAGUGACUCUGUCUGCGCUCCUUGCCAGUCUCAACAGCUGCUGUAACCCUUGGAUAUACAUGAUCUUCAGCGGUCACCUCCUCCAGGAUUUUCUGCACUGCUUCUCCUGCUACCGCAAAAUGAACAUGGACUUCAAGAAAGAGGACUCAGACAGCAGCAUCCGCAGGACGACGCUGCUCACCAAGAUAUCAAAUCGGAGCCCAACAGGCAGCACUGGCAACUGGAGAGAGCUGGACAAUUCCCCCAAGUUCUCUGUUCAGGCGGAAUGAACACAUGUCUGGCAGUGGCAUUAAGACAUUCAGUGCCAGCUCAUAUUAACUUUGGACAAGACUGAUGGGUGAUAAAAUGUCCCCCAAGCUUAAAAAUGAAAGAGAAAGUCAACCCCUUUGCUUGAAACAGAUAUUGAGUGGUUUUAAAAUUUGCCAAAAAAACACAAAAUAUGGACACAUUAACUGUGGAUUUUUUCCUGGAUUCUAUGUGCAUAUAUGUUUUUCUAACAAAACUUGAGCAAGAAUGUUAGAGAAGCAUCAUUAUCUGGAACAUAAUCUUUUUUUUAAAGCAAAUAUUAGUCAAGUUCCUUAGACUCUCAAUGUGAUUUCUUUUUCAGUGCUUUUAAGAACCUGGAUUCCAGAUGCUUUGACUGGUGUUUGUGUCUCCCUGCAGGGCCGCCAAAACACCCUUUCCUGUCAGAGUGUUUUUAAUGAUAAAACUUACUUAUAGCAGCCAGGGGCAACCAAGGUGGUCAAAUCGUCCUUUGUGUUAAGCUUUCCAUGGUGCUGUUUUGCUUAGAACCACAUUUUAGUGACUUAUGUAAGUCGGAUUGAAAUGCUUCCUUUGACCUAACACACAAAAAAGUAAAAUAACAAAAGAAACGAAAGAAAGCAAUCAUAAAUGUGGGGUACAUUUAUCAUUUUGGUCCUUGCGUGUAUCCACAUUUCUAGCAGCUGGCGGUCCUUUAUGAGGUUCACCUAAUACUGGCUGCCAUUUCUUCUCAGCAGAGGUAAAUGGGAUCCCUUUCAGAACAAAGGCAUAUUCACCUACACACACACACACACACACACGCACACACACUCGCGAGGUGUUUUGAUGAAGAGAGGCUGACCGCUGCUGCAGGAGUCUACCUUCCCACAGACUGUUCCCAAAACGGUUGUGGAGAAGCUCUCACAUUCCACACAGAGCACGUCAACACUCUUCCUGAUUUUUUUUCUGACAUCCUGCACCGUUGGGGGCUUUGUGUUUUGGCUUCAUUUGCACUUCAUACAAAAACAAUUUCCUGCACGCCACCAUAAGGGCUGUCAGACCACAAUGGGAAGCCUCAAAAGAACAUACAUAUUGUAACAACAUCAAGUAUAUUGUAUCACGAUUGUAUAUACACGAGCGUUCAAAAGUUUGGGGUCACUUAGAGAGUCCUAGUUUUUAAAAGAAAGGCAUUUUUUUCACCGAAGAUAACAAUAAAUUACUCAGAAAUACAGUCGAGACAUUGUUACUGUGGUAAAUGACUGAUUUUUAAUGGAAUAUCUACAUAGGGGUGCAGAGGAACAUUUCCAGCAACCAUCACUCCUGCAUUCUAAUGGUACACUUUGUUAGCUAAUGGUGUUGAAAGACUAAUUGAGGAAAACAUGAAUAAAAGUGCAAGCUUUCAUGCAAAACAUGAAAUUGCCUGGGUGACCCAAACUUUUGACCAGUAGUGUAUAAACUGUGCAUAUGUAUAUGUAGCCUAUGUGUACUAUGUACCUCUAUAUGUACAUUUCUCUCCAAGUGUAUAGUUUAUUUGUACAUAAAAGGCCCUUAAAUAUCUGUAAAUACAAGUAUUAUAUGUAAAUCUGUUCAAUAUGAGUUCUAUUCGUCUGUAAUGGCUUGUGCACAUUGAAAAUAAUCUGAAUAUUGUAUAAAUAUAUGUUUAAAUACACAUAUUGAUGUAAAUAAUA